AUGGUCGAAAGAGGACGACGUUUCACGCAGCUUGCAAGUAGAGCUCAUAAACGAUACUCAGGUACGACGCUGCGAGAGAGCAGAGAACUCUGGGAUUCGGACUACCACUACGGGGAUUACACCAUCCACGAGCAAGAGGUCAACAGUGAGGUCAUGAUAGACCAAGCCGCUGCCGUGGCACAUUAUCGGAAAACUCUCCACAAGACAAUUAAAAUCAAUGGUGGAGUCAUCAGCGUACAAACUACAGCCGACUGGAGAGAAGUAUUUGACCCUUUGCCCGCCAAGAGAGACGAACGUUCAAUGACAGACGUGUUCGAUGACUCCAUCAUUGAUGUAGACCGUCGACGAGAUUUCGGCGGAUCCACCAGGCUACUCAGGUACCGAAGCAUUCUCGAACCCUCUCUCUCAGACGAUUAUGUUAUGUUGCUUCCUUUUCGAGUCUAUGGAUAUGCCAUGCUGAAUCGAAAGUGGCUCCCACUCAACAUCGAUUCAGUCUAUGACAUAACUCCGGAUCAAGUGCGAAUGACGGCCGCUGGGUACAAGGACUUGAUACUGCCACGAGGCCAUAAAAAGCUUCUUCAAGCCAUUGUCAAGAACCAGGUCAGAGAUCCGAAGCGGACAGCUGGUAGAGGAGAGGAGAAUGGCGAUGAGUUUCAAAUGGAUGUCGUCAAAGGAAAGGGCAAAGGCCUUAUCAUACUUCUUCACGGUGCUCCCGGAGUGGGAAAGACAUCCACAGCCGAGUGCAUGGCGGCUCAGCUCCAAAGACCACUGCUACCGAUAACAUGUGGUGAUGUCAGCACAGAUGUCAAAGAAGCCGAGGAAACGCUUCAGGAGUAUUGCGCGCUGGCACACAGAUGGAGAUGUGUUCUACUUCUGGACGAAGCAGAUGUUUUUCUGGCGAAAAGAGAGAAGGGUGACAUCACAAGGAACGGUCUCGUCUCAGUCUUCCUCCGAGUCCUCGAAUAUUUCUCCGGCGUCAUCAUCCUAACCACCAACCGUGUCGGUGAAUUCGACGAAGCGUUCCGAUCCCGUAUCCACGUCAGCCUCUACUACCCCAAGCUGGAUCAAUCGGCCACUUUAAACAUCUGGGAGCGCAACCUCUUGCGUCUCCGAGACUCCGGCCUCCAACUCGAUUUCUCCGAAGAUGAGAUCCGCAAAUUCGCGGAAGACCACUGGCUCGAGAACAUAAAAAACCCGUCCCGCCACUGGAACGGUCGGCAGAUCAAAAACGCUUUUCAGACGGCGUUGGCGCUUGCUAAUUGGGACUUCUACGAGGAGAAACAAGGCCAGAACUUUGAAAGGCCGCUACUCAGUGCCCGACAUUUCAAUCGCGUAGCUCAGACGAGCGCGCAUUUUGAUGACUACAUCAGCGAUGUCCACAACAUAUCGGAAGAUACGUGGAGUGUUCUAGCGGCGCGGGACGAAAUCCGGAAGGAUACCCACCCAGCCAUGAUUGUUGGGCGAUCUGAGACUCAGGACUUCGACAAUCGAUCCGGAAAGACGGCUCCCGCUCGGCGCGGUGCUGGCAAUCGAGAUACAAGGGCUGAUGAGAGCAGGAAGGUUGAGGGUGGCAGUGAUAAACUCAGGCAAUUGGAACUUGAGCUGGAGAUUGAGAAGCUGAAGCAAGCAAAAAGUAAAGAGAAGCUGCAAGCGCAGGCUGAGGAUGACGAAGAUGAGGGGUGGUAA